AUGACUGAGGCUGAUGUAAAUCUGAAGGCCUAUCCUCUCGCAGAUGCCCACUUCACAAAGACACUACUAGACCUCGUUCAGCAGUCACGUAAUUAUAGGCAGCUUUGGAAAGGAGCCAAUGAGGCCACCAGAACUCUCCACAGGGGCAUCUCUGAGUUCACUGUGAUGGCUGUGGACACCGGGCCCCUGGAGAUCACUCUGCACCUCCCUCUGCUGUGUGGAGACAAGAACGUGCCCUACGUGCUUAUGCACUCCAAGCAGACCUUGGAGCAGGCCUGUGGGGUCUCCAGGCUUGUCAUCACCUGUUCUGUCACUAUCAAAAAAGGUUUCCAGCUGAAGUAG